AUCACUAGUACCACUACUGUCUUUCUUACAAAGUAAACUUAAUUCAAACGACAAGCAUCGCAUGAAAACAAGCACACAUUCUCGAACUCAAAAAUCAUUAAUCCUAUCCUCCGCUUCAUGAGUUCCCGGUCUUUGACGCAUAACCGGCGACGUGACGAGUUUAGGCUUCCUCCGACGGCCUCCAUCAGGUCCCUCAAGACCUUACCGCCGGACCGACACUCUGACAUCGUUCGACGGCCCGGAGGUUUCAUCAACGCCCCUAGAAGGCUUAAUUCUGCACCGUCCAUCGGCGGUUCCACCUCCGGGCUGACGAAGUUGCUGCUCAACGUGACGAUCGAGAGGAGCUUGGGGCCUGUACAGUUGGUCAUGCCGCAGGAGAACACGAUCCGGGACUUGAUAAAGGCAGCGCUGGAGAUCUACGGUAGGGAGAAGAGGAGGCCGUUGCUGCCGGCGACUGAUCCUCACCGUUUCGAACUCCACUACUCGCAAUUCAGCUUGGAGAGUUUGAGGCCAGAGGAAAAGCUGAUGAACUUGGGAUCUCGUAAUUUCUUUUUGUGCUCAAAGCCAUCCACGUCUGCCGGUUCUUCUUGCUCCGAGGAAGCAAAGAAGGCAACCGACAUUGCUUUUCCAUUAACAAAGUUGAUGGAUUUCUUGUUAUAGAUCUUAGUUUAGUGUUAUUUUACCUCCCUCUUUUUUGAACAAAACUAAUGACAACACCUGCUUCGGUGCUUGUUAUUAAGAAUAAUUAUAUUUUAGUUUGUAUAUUACGUAGCAUGGUAGUUUGUAAAUUGUUUAAAAAAAAAAA